UUCGUGAUUACACCAGCAAUGGCGAGGGCAGCAGUCGCCUCACGGUGUCACUGCACCUCAGAAGAGGAUUAGCUUUAGGGGAGGCUGGGUAAACGUUAAAAAAAACCUUCCUGACAGGGAGCUGAUAACACCUCAGGAGGGGAGACGGAAGGUAGAGCCUGGCCCACAUUGCGCAACGGGCCAAGAUGCACAUCAAGGAAGUUUCUCAUCCGUAGCGGCAGAUGAAGCAGGGAGAGGCUCGCGGCGAUCAGUGUGUAAUCAUGCCUCCCCAAAGAGUGUUCGCUCUGCCCAGGCAGCAGUCUCUGUUUCUGCCCGCUGUUCUCAACCCCUUUGUGCUGGAAGCAAAGCUGACCAGAAGAGAGAAAAUUAAAUGUUUCCUCCUGGGAAUUAUCCUUGUGCCACUGCGGUCCAUUUUCAUGGUGUUGGUUCUGAUGGUAACAUGGCCUGUUGCUGCCUUGAUAACAUUCAGGCGCCCUCUGAAAGGAGACAUGAAGCCCAUGACCGGCUGGAGGAGGUUUAUGUGUCGCACAGUGAUGGGGUUUCUAGGCCGGCUGUAUUUCUUUUCUAUGGGCUUUCGCGUAGUGGUGAAGGGGAAGCAGGCAAGUAGUGCUGAAGCCCCGAUCCUGGCUGUGGCUCCUCAUUCGUCGUACUUUGAUGCCAUUGUCUGUAUUGUGGCCGGGCUGCCAUCCACAGUGUCCCGCUCUGAGACUCUGGCAACUCCCAUAUUUGGUCGUUUUCUGCGGUGCCUGCAGCCUGUGCUCGUCUCUCGCAAAGACCCAGACUCACGCAAAAACACCAUCCUAGAGAUCAGCAACCGGGCCAAAUCUGGAGGCCGCUGGCCGCAGGUAUUGAUUUUCCCUGAAGGAACAUGCACAAACAGAUCCUGUCUCAUUACUUUCAAGCAAGGUGCCUUUGUGCCAGGAGUUCCUGUUCAGCCUGUUCUUUUGAGGUACCCCAAUAAGCUGGAUACAGUGACAUGGACAUGGCAAGGGCCCAAAUCGCGGGCCCUGCUUCUUCGCACACUGUGUCAGCUCUACACGACAGUGGAGAUUGAGUUUCUUCCCCCUCAUAUUCCAACAGAAGAUGAGAAGAAGAAUCCCAACAAAUUUGCUCAGUCAGUCCGGAGUCUAAUGGCUGAAUCACUGCGUGUCCCAGUAACAGACCACACGUUUGAGGACUGUCGUCUGAUGAUCUCUGCAGGGGAGUUGACCCUACCCAUGGAGGCGGGGCUAGUGGAGUUCACCAAGAUCAGCAGGAAGCUUGAUCUGAAAUGGGACAAUGUGAAGAAGGAGCUGGAGAAUUUCGCCACCAUAGCAUGCUCGUGCAAAGGAGGCAGAAUCAGAAUCAAGGAGUUUGCCAGUUUCCUCAAACUACCUAUCAGCCCAGCCCUUCAGGAGCUCUUUAGUCUUUUUGACAGGGAUGGGGAUGGCACCAUUGACUUCAGAGAGUACGUGAUUGGUGUGACUGUGUUGUGUCGACCUGCUAACACAGAGGAGGUCAUCCAGACAGCUUUUAAGCUCUUUGAUAUAGAUGAAGAUAACAACAUUACAAGGGAGGAGUUUGCUGGCAUUCUACGCUCCGCUCUAGGUGUGUGUGACCUCAACGUUUCCAAACUCUUCAAUGAGAUCGAUGCUGAUGGAUCAGGACAUAUCACAUAUGAUGAGUUCCGCUCCUUUGCUCUGUCCCACCCCGAAUAUGCCAAACUCUUCACCACAUACAUCGAGCUCCAGCGCUACCAAGGCCUCCAGGGGGAGGGGCCAGACUCAGACUCCUUCUCCCACUGCUGUACUGUUUCCCCUAGCGACCACCAGGAAGACAGCAAUUCAGACAAGAAAGAUGACUAAGUCCCCAUGUGAUAGGCAAAGCCAAAACUAUUACAUGUGGGUUAUGUGAGAUAAGUAGAGAAUCACUGGAGAACUUCUAACAGAACAUGCAUUGCUACUGAUCAGCUGGCCUUUCAUUGUUUUUAAACACAACCAUCCCCUGGAUGAAAUUCUGCCAAUGUCAUCUUAACCCGUGCCUUAGAAGUGUGUAACCGCUUUGCCCUGGCCAUAGGCAACAUUUCUCCAAAGGCUGCAAAUCUCCUUUACAUACAGUUCAGCAAAUCUGGGUUGAGCUGUACCCGCCUGUUGUUCACAUACUGUCUUCAGAUGUUGCUGCUUGCAUCAGCUGUUUUAUUUAAAGCAUUCUGUAGCAGUGUGCUGUAUUUUACUGUGAUUAUGGCAGGAGGCUUUUUUAUAUGGUGCUUCACCGAUUGACUGUUUGCACAAAAAUAACAUGCCUUUCAGUCAGUCUUCUCAAAACAAACCUGCAGUGAGAAUGGCAGUGGCAGUAAAUUAGUCUGAACUGUCAGACUAGGAAACAUACUCUGCUAAUAAUCUGUAGGGGGAUGUUGUUUUUGUUUCAUCCCUGAAGAUUAACAAUUGGCCCUUUGCAAAGUUCUGAAAAGACCCUUCUACUUUAGUUAUCAUUGCUACAUUACUCACAUUUUUCAGCUCUGGCCACCUGGUGGCAUCUGUAACACUUGUGCUUACAGACCCAAAAGGUUAACUGCAUUACCUUAAACAUUAUUCAUUAUUAUUCAAAAAUAAACUGGCUUCACAAGAUGGUCAGCAUAAAAAUAAAUGUUGGAGAAAUGACAGUAUGAAUGAAGGCCAAUUUAAAGCAAAAAGUAUUCUGGAAACCAUGUUUACAUUAAUCAAACCAGAGAGAUCGUUUAAUUUCAUUGGUAAACUGUAAUGGAACAAAACAUGAUGGUAUGCAUACAAGUGCAUGACUAUGAUCUUUAAAAUUUUUUUUGCAAAUGUGAACACUGAAAGGUUCUGUUUCAUCUAAUUUCUCAAGCUAGCUAUCAGCAGCUGAAUUAAGAAGAGCUAACAUAUUUAACAUUAGCCAACUAAUCUUGUUGUUCUGUAACAUUACCUUAGAGCCAGCUUAUGUCUGCCUGUUAAUAAGUUUGCCUUCAAGCUGUGAGUGCUGUCUGUAGAUCAGUCCAAGUUUUCUAGCCUCUGCAAAGAAAUAAAAACAGUAUGAGUCUGAAUUACAUGCUCACCAUUGACACUUUUGCACCUCUCUUAGCCAAAUAAUUCAGAUUUAUUUUCUGCCAGUGCCGUUCUCACUGCAGGUUUCUUGUGAGGGUUUUUGUCUGAGUUUUUCCUUCGUUUGACAGAGGAAGUGGCACUAAGAGACAGUUGUGAUUUGCUGAGAGACGCGUCAAUCAUUAUUUUGCAAACAGUUUAUUAUUAUUGAAUGUUAAUUUCAUUCGAAAUAAUUCAUACUGCCAUAUUGAGAAAUCACUAUUUUGCAGCUUGUCAGUAACUGCAGAUUAAAGCUAAUAAUUGCUAAUAUUUAUUCUAACAUAAUAUAAUGUCAGGCCAACACAGAAUUAGAGCAAGAUCAUUAGCUUGUAGUGGAUACAGAGGCUUGCGAUAGAACAAUGUAAGCAAUUGCCAAACUUUUUGUCACUUUGGAAAAUGGGUCCAACAGCUGAAACAGGCCAGUUACAGAAAGUUGUGUUAAGAAAAAAGCAUAUUUUUAAAGAUGGCAGGCAGAUGAACUGUAGCCCAAGGGAAGAUGCUAAUAUACAUGCUGUUUUUCUCUCUAUUGCCUUCUUUCUCCUUUUCUAUUUCUCUCUCUCUUUCUCUCUGCUCAGGGACUCUGGUGCGGAAGGUUUUCAAUAAUCAAAGGUUUUUUGCUCGGCAUCUGUUGGUAUUUGCAUUUCUAUUGAGAAGAGAUGUUGCUGAGUUAGCGCUCUGUCCCUGUUGCUUGUUUAGUCUAAUGCUCAACCAGCGGCUGAAAAUAGGCCAAUUUGUGAGCAAACAGGCAACACAACACACACAGCAGCACGUACCAGGGGUGCGGCUGCCUCGCUGCAGCUCAGGUUGCAAUUAGGACUGUUUUUUGUUAACACAGCACUGUGCUUUUAUUUUGCAAUAAAAAUACACUGAAUUU